UCUUCACUUUCGGCUUAUUUCAGAUCAUACCAUCUGGCCACAAUACGCCGCGCAACUUCGUUUGAGGUUUUCGGGCGUGCUCGUUCGCGGCUCGUUUACGUUACUCGGUGUGCGAUCUGUUUCUUUUUUGUGUGAAAAUGUUUAGGUGUGUGGGCUUCUUCGAGAAGUUCUGUCGUCCAAUUAUGAUUCCACCGGACUUCACUUUCGACAGUAUCAAAGAUGCCUUUUUGAUCAAGUUUCCAGAACUUGAAGGAACGGACAGGGUCCUCAUCCAGGUCCUUGAUGUAGAACUCGGCGAAUAUCUUGACUGGGAUAGUACGACAACCUUGGUCGCGGGCUCCAAGAUGAGGGCUACACGGCUGGCGCCCCAAGAGUCGGCCCCACCUCCUGCUCCUGUAGCCGCUUCACCAGAAGUAAUGGAAGUGCCUAUGAUCCAGGAGGGCCCUAGCCCAACACUGGAUCCGAAGAAAUAUGUAUUUCCUCCGACCCCCAAAGACAUAGCACACAACCUUUCACAGGUCACGCAGAAGGCCAGAGUGCCGUUAGAUCUCCGCCGCCGCAUUGUGGAAUGGAUGUGUUUCGAUCUUUUCAGGUACACUCUGUGA